UUCUCUUCCUACUAAAUUAAGAUACAACUCCUCUCUGUCUUCCCUUUCCAACGAUCUUUUCGUUUCAUCACAAUUAGUAAAGUCGGAACAGGAAUUCAGAUCUUUUCAUUUCACCACAAUUCCAACACACGCAUCGACAACCACCAACUCUGAAAAAUGGCAAUGGAAAUCCUGAUGCAUGUGAUAAACAGAUGCAGAUCUUGCUUGGAAAGAAGCGGAGAUGUCGUUGUACGACCUAGACGACACGCCCUUGCCGAAUCUAGCUUCCGUCGAAGAAACCUAGCGGAAUUGGAUCAUGGCGCUGUACCUGAGGUGCAAGAAUUGCAAAAGGCGACUGCUGAGGGGCGUUCAGACACAAACCUGCGUCUUCUGACAGCAAGGACCUCCCUCCCGACCCUAUCAAUUUCCAAGAUACUUUUCGGUACCCGUGGCUGCUCGAGUACCUGAGCUUAAGUCGAUAGCAUUGCAAAGGGCGGCUGCUGAGGGGCAUUCAGACGCUGACCUGCGUAUUGUACGGCAGAUAACACUGUAAGGGCCUCCAUCCCGACCCCAUCAAUUUCCGAGAUAAUUUUGGGUACCAGUGGCUGCUCCAAUACCUGAGCUUAAGUGGACCGGUAUGCGACUUGAUUUCAAUCUUUUGUUUGGUUGACGAGAAAAUUGAGAUUAAGAUGGGGAAAUAAAAAAGUGAAUGCUGUUCUUGUGUUUGGUUAAUGGAAAACUAGAAAGAAACGGAAUUUAAAAGAAAAAAAUCAUGAGUUUUUCUUUUGAUUAAUCUUGUUGAGGUAUUAAGCUGAAAUUCAAUUAUUCAAGCGCUCUUAAUUUACGUAUGAAAUCUGAAUUAUGGGUUUAAUUUGUAUUUUCUUAAUUUGUUCAUAUGGAUUUGCACUUUUAAUUGCGAGGCUAUUCGGGAAAACAAGAGAGAAAUGGUUAAUGCUACCAUAGAUAAUAUAUAUAUUUGUAGCUCUGCAGUUCCCUUCCAAUUGAUGCGUCUACCUGACUUUACCAAGACCUAUUGCAAAGCAUCAGCUGCUACGGCUGAAGCGGCGGCGGAGUGGAAGCACAAGGCAAGCGCGUUCUCUCGCAUAAGCUUUCCUGAGAGAGAGUUGAGCAAGAAGCGGAAGGCCUUCUUCUUCCUCCACUGCUUCUGCUGCCAUUGCUACUCCGGUGGUGUGAAUAAUCAUCGGCGCAUCACUAUCACAAGGAAUCGUCAUCGUCCUUGGCGCAUGGGUUUUACGACGAGUACAACUCGUCUUCGACGGCCAAGGCUGCGAGCAGCGGAACUGGAAGCAGAAAGACUGAUCAGUGUUGCUUCCAUGGAGUAUGAGUCGAGCGACGACAAUCUGCACUUCAAGAGCAAGCCGUCGAGGUACAAGGCGUCGCCGCCGUAGGACGCCGAGCAGGAAAAGCCCUCCAGGCACUCGAGAGGAGGCAGGGAUCAGGAUAGCAGGCAGAGAUACUUUUUUGGGGAAUGUCGAAAUUGGCUUUCUCCGAGAACGACAUCGUGAGCAUCUUUGUCUGCUGGGUAGACACCUUUUGAAUAACAUAUGUGAGCUUCUUUGUCGGUGGUAGGCAUAAUUGUAAAAAAAAAAAUGAAAAUUUGAUUUCUAACAGAAUUGGAUGACAGAAUGGGGUUUCCAUUAAGGGCAAUGGCUGAAAAAAAAAAUUAUGUC